CCUACACCAGUGAAAGCCUUUUUCAUGCUUAUUUGGGACAGAUCAUGCGCUUGAGGUCACUUGGAGUUAAUCAGAUCAGCUCUUCGAAUUGGUAAAGCUACUUACUGAACAGAGCCUCUGCACCAGUGAUGGGCGUGAUUACCCUUGUGCUUCUUGUGACUGUUGCGGUGGAGGGAAGGAUAUUGUGUCCAGAAAUCGGUCUGCUUGGAGCUCCCACAAACCUGACCUGCAUAGAAGCAAGUAGAAGCCACUCCUUCCUAACACCCAAAGAACACACAGCAGCAUCAUGUAACACAUCAACUGGGAAAUGCAUAACCACUGGCAUCUUCACAGCGUCUGUCCACAAUACCACCUCCAGUGUUCUCACCAUACCUGCCUUGUUGAAGUCAUACGCUGGCGCCUGGAAAUGUAGCAGUGAUGGCGAUAUGCCCGAUCCUCCUAGCUGCCAGAUGACUGUGGCAAAAUUCCCAACAUGCACUAUAACAAGAAGGCAAUAUGAUGACAGUGACUUCACCAGGGACGAGGAAGUGGCGUUGAAGGUUAACGUAACUGGAGACUACUGUUCUGAGUCGGCCCAGUUUCAGUUGCAAACAGGAAACAUUCAAACGGGUUUGAACUACUCACAAUGGAAGGAGAACACAGAUGUCAUAUUCACUCUGACUGAGUCUCACCUCGGGGAAGUGAAACUGGUCUUCAUCUGUAGAGGAUACAGCCAAGCGUUAUCAUGUGAAGGGAUUCAACAACUGAAAUUCCCAACAUGCACUAUAACAAGAAGGCAGUAUGAUGACAGUGACUUCACCAGGGACGAGGAAGUGGCGUUGAAGGUUAACGUAACUGGAGACUACUGUUCUGAGUCGGCCCAGUUUCAGUUGCAAACAGGAAACAUUCAAACGGGUUUGAACUACUCACAAUGGAAGGAGAACACAGAUGUCAUAUUCACUCUGACUGAGUCUCACCUCGGGGAAGUGAAACUGGUCUUCAUCUGUAGAGGAUACAGCCAAGCGUUAUCAUGUGAAGGGAUUCAACAACUGAGGCUGGUAUAUACCUUUGAUGACGACAGUACAGGUGGUAAAGAGGAACAUUGCCGCUCCACAGUUAUCAUUGCUGGAACUGUAGGUGUCGUCGUUAUCGUCAUCAACGUCCUCGCUGUCAUCGUAUGUCUGCGGAGACAUCACUGUCAGAACAGACAGCCACCUGUUGGUUACCUUGGCGCCGUAUACGCCCCGGGCAGCGCAGCCUCUGACUACGGAUAUGCCACCGUCGAUGAUGUGGGCUAUGCAAGUGGUCAAUACCUACCCCCAACUGUUGACUAAGUCAUAGAUACAUCAUUCUAAACAGAUCCCACGCUCCUUUCCUUGCCAGCAUCGGACUGUUGUACUGCAGACAGAUUCUACAACCUGCACAUACUGGAAGGAGACACACUUUGUGCUUACUGAGGAGUGAGUGAGUGAGUGAGUUAAACUUUAUCAUCACAUCGGCAAUAUUUCAGCCAUAUCGUGACGAGAACAAUUAAUUUUAUACAU